GCAAGCGGUCCCGCGCCCCCUGCCCAAGACUGGGUCCCUGCCAACCCAUCACUCGUCACGCCGCUCGAGUUGCGAGUAAGGAACCGGAGCCAUCCCCGGGAAGGAUCCCCCUCCUGAACUUCCUCCCUUCCCCCACUCUAUCCGAGGAUAAGGUCUCGGUGCCUGCUCUCUUGACAUUAGUUCGGAAGAUACUACCUUUUAAUCACCCGCUGCCCGCGCGGACCCCCCUUUCCCUUGCACCCAGAAGACACACUUAGGGAUCGACCUGGUGUCCCGAACUCCUUCACGGACUUCCACCCCCAACACUUCUCUCCUGUAUAGGACAAAGACUGGGGCUCAUCCUCCUUCUCACCCCCUCUAGUCCCCAGGCUUCCCCAAUCCCGGGGACUUAGCGCUGGGACGCGGCUAUGGACGACAUUUUCACUCAGUGCCGGGAGGGCAACGCUGUUGCCGUGCGCCUAUGGUUGGACAACACGGAGAACGACCUCAACCAGGGGGAUGAUCAUGGUUUCUCCCCCUUGCACUGGGCCUGCCGAGAGGGCCGCUCUGCUGUGGUCGAGAUGCUGAUCAUGCGGGGGGCACGGAUAAAUGUAAUGAACCGCGGGGAUGACACCCCUCUGCACCUGGCAGCCAGUCAUGGACACCGUGAUAUUGUACAGAAGCUUCUGCAGUACAAAGCUGACAUCAAUGCAGUGAAUGAGCAUGGGAAUGUGCCCCUGCACUAUGCCUGUUUUUGGGGCCAAGACCAGGUGGCAGAGAGCGGGCAGAGAAGAUGGGCCAGAAUCUCAACCGUAUUCCAUACAAGGAUACAUUCUGGAAGGGGACCACCCGCACUCGGCCCCCUAUGGAAGGGCCGCUGGCAGGGCAAUGACAUUGUCAUGAAGGUGCUGAAGGUUCGAGACUGGAGUACAAGGAAGAGCAGAGAUUUCAAUGAGGAGUGUCCCCGGCUCAGAAUUUUCUCGCAUCCAAAUGUGCUCCCGGUGCUAGGUGCCUGCCAGUCUCCACCUGCUCCUCACCCUACCCUCAUCACACACUGGAUGCCAUAUGGAUCCCUCUACAAUGUACUACAUGAAGGCACCAAUUUUGUCGUGGACCAGAGCCAGGCUGUGAAGUUUGCAUUGGACAUGGCAAGGGGCAUGGCCUUCCUUCACACACUAGAGCCCCUCAUCCCGCGACAUGCACUCAAUAGCCGUAGUGUAAUGAUUGAUGAGGAUAUGACUGCUCGAAUCAGUAUGGCCGAUGUCAAGUUCUCAUUCCAAUGCCCUGGGCGCAUGUAUGCACCUGCCUGGGUAGCCCCUGAAGCUCUGCAGAAGAAGCCUGAAGACACAAACAGACGCUCAGCAGACAUGUGGAGUUUUGCAGUGCUUCUGUGGGAACUGGUGACACGGGAAGUACCCUUUGCCGAUCUUUCCAAUAUGGAGAUUGGAAUGAAGGUGGCACUGGAAGGCCUUAGGCCAACCAUCCCACCAGGCAUUUCUCCCCACGUGUGUAAGCUCAUGAAAAUCUGCAUGAAUGAAGACCCUGCUAAGCGACCCAAAUUUGACAUGAUUGUGCCUAUCCUGGAGAAGAUGCAGGACAAGUAGGACUAGAAGGUCCCUGCCUAAACUCCAGAGGUGUCAGGACUUGGUUGGGGGAGUGCAGCUCCCCAGAGCAGCAGGCUUCUGGUUGCCUCCCCUGCCUCUAGUCAUGGUACUACCCUAACUAUGGGGCCCAUUCCCUAGCCCCCAUCCCUUCCACUAUGGCCCCCCAAAGGGGCUGGGCUCAGAGCUUUCACUUACCACACCGCAUCUCCCAACAUGGGAGGGAUCAGCCCCGCCUGUCACAAUAAAGUUUAUUAUGAAAACA